AGAAAGCUAGUGCCAAAACAGCCUUGUUCUUUCUUUCUCACACCUCUUGAGGGGACACAGGAGAGGGACUAGUCUUUCAGAUCACUAUCUUAUGAAUGACUGGGACAGACAGACAAGGAUAUUAUCUGCAAUCUGCCUUUAUUUCCACAGUUCCUGUGGCAUGUUUUGAAAGAGGCAAAAACAGAUCAAAUGGUUUGAUAGGUUGGCAGAGACUGGAGAUGCAGUUGGCCAUGUUACCUUGAGGGGAGUUGUGCGUUAAAUUAAUCAGGAUAAUUUUUUAAUAAACACAUUAUUUGGAAGUAGAUGGAUAACACAGUAUAGUCUUGUGAUAAGUGAGUACUAAUACAAGCUCCCACUUUUUAAGAAAAAGAACAGCAAGCACAUGGAGGUAAAUGUGCCCUACAUAACUGAGUAUACAUGCUUUUCUAUAUGUCACUUAAUUGUUCUGCAGCUGGAAAAUCUGUUGGAGUUGUUUGAGUAAAGAGACCCAUUGUAAUUGCUUGGCAAAAUUAGGUAACAAAAUAGGGACACUGCAGCUUUAAUCUAGCUUGCAGUGGAUAACACAAUCUAUGGUAGAUGUCAAUAUUUUUCUUUCAAAUGAAAACUGUCCCUGCUGGUGACUUAGUUUUUCCUCAGGACAGCAUCUGCAUGUAAAAUCCUGAAAUGCUAAACUUGUUGUUACUGUUCCAAAAUGCAUGUAUAAGAAGAUUGGAUUGAAGAUUAGAGGCCCCUAAUUCUUAAUUUCAUGACAUGCUUUCUUUUUUUAGUCAUUCUACUAUUGUUCGGUGCUGCUGCCUCUCCGGAAACACACCCAGCUUGCUAAAUGCUGCCUCAAGCAGAUCUCUGGAGACGUGGCCUAUAAAUUUCCUCAAUUAGUCUAUCCAAAAUGUGGAUUCCAAGGAAGAACGAGGAGCCCUGACGAGUCCCCUGACCCUACAAGCUGCUGGCCAGGAAACUCCAGUUAAAGGAUCUCAAAUAGCAGAUAGGGAGCCAUGUUGAUCUGCAGUAGAACAGCAGGAUUUAAACACAUUGGUGCCUUAGAGACCAACUAGAUUUUCAAGGAACCAAGUUGUUUGGAAAAGGUGAAUGAAAGACAUUUGAAAGAUUUUGAGAAGAACAAAUCUAGUUUCCACAAGCUCAAAUCUGAAUUAAAUGGCUGAUAAACAGAUCAGUUUACCUGCCAAGCUGAUCAAUGGAGGGAUAGCUGGGCUUAUUGGGGUUACCUGCGUAUUUCCUAUUGACCUGGCAAAAACUCGCCUCCAGAACCAGCAGAAUGGCCAGAGGAUGUACUCCAGCAUGUCUGACUGCCUCAUUAAGACAAUCCGUUCUGAAGGUUAUUUUGGCAUGUAUAGGGGGGCUGCAGUGAAUCUGACGCUAGUGACUCCAGAAAAAGCCAUCAAGCUAGCAGCUAAUGAUUUCUUCCGUCAUCAUCUUUCUAAGGAUGGGAAGAAGCUGACGCUGCUGAAGGAAAUGCUUGCUGGCUGUGGGGCUGGGACCUGCCAGGUGAUUGUCACCACUCCCAUGGAGAUGCUGAAAAUCCAGCUGCAGGAUGCAGGCCGAAUUGCGGCUCAGAAGAAACUUAUGGCAGCACAAGCUCAGUUAAGCCCGUCCACUGGUGCUGGGGCAGCAGAGUCUGUAGUGGAGGCACGAACAACAGCUAUGCAAAUCACAAGGGAGUUGCUUCGGAACAAAGGCAUUGCCGGACUUUAUAAGGGACUUGGGGCUACAUUACUAAGGGAUGUACCAUUUUCCAUUGUUUAUUUCCCAUUGUUUGCAAACUUGAACAAGUUGGGGCAGAAGAACCCUGAUGUCAAGGCUCCGUUCUACGUGUCCUUCCUCUCUGGGUGCCUGGCAGGCAGCACAGCAGCUGUUGCAGUCAACCCUUGUGAUGUAAUCAAGACAAGACUGCAGUCCUUGCAGAGGGGAGUCAAUGAGGAUUCAUACUCAGGGAUCACAGAUUGUGCCAGGAAAAUCUGGCGGAAUGAAGGUCCUACAGCCUUUUUCAAGGGGGCUUAUUGCAGAGCCCUGGUCAUCGCCCCAUUGUUUGGUAUUGCACAAGUUGUCUAUUUCAUCGGUAUUGCUGAAUUCAUCCUAGAUAUGAUCCCAAAACGACGAGAUUAACCCUCUACACCUCUCCUCAUCUAGUUGGAAUUCAUCGUAGUAUUCUUUGUCAUCAUUGGGUCAGAGCAACAGCACAAAGGGUUACAGCAGUAACAGCAGGAAUGUUGUCUCCCAACAAAGUUCUUUUUCCUUUGGUCAACAUGGGCCUCACCAUUACCCUAGGGAGAAUACUUAAUUAUGCGUAUCACCUUUUCAGUUAUCAGCCUCAAAUACAGGGUCCAGUCUUGCAAGCCUGCUGCUUCUCUUGGCAAGGGGGAAGUAAGCCACCCAUGGAGCAAAAGGAUUUGCCUGUUUCCUUCCGUCUUGGUAUCAGGCCUCUAAGGAAGAUCAGGGAUCAUACUUGUAAAAAGGGAGGACUGAUUGUCAAGCAAGUAAUUGCUGACAUCAAAAUGCUUAUCUUUACGUAGCUCUCUUAAAUAUCUACAUCCAACAUGCCCUAAAAAUGUGCUGGACUCUGGAUGCUGAAGAAGGGGGGAAAGGGAAAAGUUCAUCUUCUGUUUUGAUUUUAACAAACUUCCUAAAUGUGUCUGCCUGGGUAAGAAGUGUAUUCCUUGCAAUUAUGCUAUCAGUCUCUGAAAGGAGCAUUUCUGUGGGAACGCACUCAUUGUCCUAGAGGCAUGCCAUGGACUAGGUGUAAGCUGUUGGGGUGAGGAAGAAAUGAAUAACGGGAUCAUUUUUUAAAAUUUAUGCUGGGUAAAUAUCCCAACCCCUCACACAUUCCUUUCAGCCGGUCUGGCUGAUGUUGGUAAUGCUGCUGUCGUAUCUAGUGUGUCAAUUGUAAGUUUCUUUUGACUUGUGCCUCAGAUGUGUAUUCUUCUCCUGCUUUUCUUUGGGAGUACAAAUAUCCCAAAGGGUAACUUAGAAAGAAUUGAUCUCUGUGAUGGCUGUAAAUAACGUAAAAUGCUAGGUGGCACAGAGCAACAUAGCUCAGCCAGAAUUGUGACGGUUGGUCAUCUUACAUCUCUUGAUGUUCAGGUGUUUUGAGGUCAAAAGAACAACAGUUUGGAUUCAUCUCCAGCCACUGGAGGAAAUUUGUGGAAGUGAAUCUUUUCUGCCUUUCACCUGGUAACCCCUUACACCCCUGUAAAACUGCUGAUAAAGGCCAAGGAACCUCAAGAAAAACAUGACAUGUAGCCAGGUGGCAGGGGGUGGGGAAGGGCUUCAGCAAGAAGGGGGAAUUGGAUAAAACACCUUCCCUCGUUCCAUGAGCUUAGGGGCUGCUGGAGGAAGGGGAAAGCUGGAAAGAUCUGUUACCCCAAACUACAUCUGCUCGCAGGAACUUCAGGCCUGCCCUUUUCACAUAGCUAGCUUACCAGUUCUUUAUUCUAGUCAAGUGAAUUAGAUUUCAGGGUUGCUAGUUAGUUUUCUUAUUCAGGUUAAAAUGGGCAGCCAGACAUAUCUUGCAUAUAGGUUACUUCCAUUAGUGCCACCUUUUACUUGGUUUUCAUUUUUUUUAGAAGUAGUAGCAUAAAACGGCCAUUUCCAUUUUUUAUGCUGUCUCCAACCGAUUCCAAUUACUAUUUCUUCCUGCUUCUCUCAUGCUAGAAUUUUGCUGCUUGAAUUUCCAGCAGCACUGGUUUUUGUUUUUAAAAAAAUCUUUCACUUAAAGUUUUGCAACACCCUCUGUUCUGGAAAAACAAGUCUAUUUUUCGGACAGUAUGCUUUAAGACAUGUUUUGUAUCCAUUUUGGAAGUUACUUCCUUGUUGCUUUGCCUCUGCAACCUGUUUUAAGUGACAUUCUCUGAAUCCCAUUCCAUAAAAAGGAGUUUUUGUGCAGAGAUGACUAAUCACAACUGCCAUUGAUGAUGUCUUAAAUAUUAGUAGUGUCCAUGGCUCUCUUUGAUCCUCUGAACAGCAAUCGGAAACAUCUUUUUAAAUGUGUCUCUCUCUCUCUCUUUGCUUUUCCAUGGUAUGUAAAUAUGUCCUGACAAAUAUGAGGUUAUUUCCCUCCUUGCCUUUCAGAUGUUUAAGUGUUAAACUCUUAAAUGUUCUGGAAGGCUGAUUUUUAGAACUGUUCAGGAAGUGACCCACUAAUGAACUGAGAAAAAUGACUAGGACUGGUUUAUUAUAGGAACAAAAGGUAACAAUUUGACUUCUUUAUUCCUUGCUGCUGUUUUCAUCGCUGUUGGGGCUUUGUUCACUCUAGUGUCCAAUCAGUGUUUCCAGCUUGUUUUGCAAUUCCUAUCUCACCCACAUGGCCAAAUACCCAUUUUUGGAGUAGAAAAGCUUUGAUUUACUACCCCCGUGCUGCCACCCCCAUCCAAUAGGAUGAUAUUUUUUGAGUUCAGCAUGAAAUCACAAAUUUCCUACCUAGGCCAGGAACCAGCUGCUAUUAUGUGUUUAGUGUUUCUGAAGCAGAAAUCAAGUGAAUCCGGUGUGUGAAGAAGCACAAUCUUCAGGGUUAAUUUAUGCACUUUAAAAAGAUAAGAAUAGUUGAAACCUCAUUUUGAAGCAAGCCCUCGCCAGAAAUCUUCUAAAACUAUUUGGGGUGGGCGUGGGGGAAGGAAAUGAAAUACAAAUGCAACACUAAACAUAACCAGAACCAUACAUGUUGAUAUUUAUGGUUUGAAGCUUUAUUUUAAUUACAUGUGAACCUUUGCCAGGAUGAAAUCAAAGGUUUAUGAGAAAUACCUAAAAUACGAUCCAGUUAACUAUGUUGCCAUAAUGCUUAUUUACUGGUAUGGUUUCCUGCUGAGAGAUGGGUCAGCAGUGCUGUCAGUGAAGGGGGAAAGGACAACUUUUUGGCAUAAAGAAUAAUAUUCCAAUUUUAGUCAGAUAUGGUAAUAUUAUUUCUCACUUCUUGAUGCUCUCUGCCAGUUGAAAUACUUAAUGCUGACAGGAUUUCACUGCUGUAGUAAUAAGCUAUUUCAGCACUGCUGACAUUAGCUUUGCGUGAGCUUGAUUAACAAUUCCAACAGGGUUCAUAGCCAGACAGCUUCUCCCAAGAAGUCAUGGGGAAUGCGGUUUUGUGUAGGUAUUGUGUUAGAGAUCCCUGCAGUUCACAAGGUGAGGAGGCCGUGAUUGGUUUACAUUAGUAGUAUAGAGAUGCUCUAAAAUUGAAGCUUCCUAAGUUACCCAGUCCCCAAAGGAUCUACUAUAUAACUUACAAACAUCAAUGUUUUCUUCUUUUUUUAAUUCUGAAGUUAUGUCAGAUGUAUGACCUGUGAAUGCUGGAGGUGUGCACUAUCAAAGAGGUGAUAAUAAGUAUUGGAGUUUUUCUCAGACCUUAGGGGACAUUAUUAGGCCUGAGGGGGUCUCCAGUUUGGCUCAUGGUACCAAGUGCAGCUGCUUUCAAGAUUGCCUUUAAUAGAGCAAAAAUAAUGACUUCAAAAUGCCACUGUUACAUUCCAUGGUAUCACCCCAUCAUUCCUUCUAACUUUGCUUUGUGUUGCUGAGUUCUAAAUUGCUUGGCUAGAAAUGUGCAGCUAGAAUUAAGACUGACUACAACAGAGCCUGAUGUUUUACUUGUU